AUGGCUACCUCUAUCGAGCUCGUCACGCCAAAUGGCCACAAGUACACUCAACCAACAGGGUUAUUUAUCAACAAUGAAUUCGUGCCGUCUUCAGGCCAGACCAUCGUUACCCUCGACCCCGCAACAGAUAAACCAAUUGCUACAGUCCAUGCAGCCGGCGUUGAAGAUGUGAAUCGUGCCGUAGAGGCAGCUAAGGCCGCUCUAAACCACCCAUCAUGGAAGCUAUUAGCCCCAACUGAUAGGGGUCAGAUGAUGGCCAAACUAGCCGAUCUGCUCGAGCAAAAUAAGGAACUCUUUGCAUCUAUAGAUGCUUGGGAUAAUGGCAAACCCUACAAUGUCGCUAUGACAGAUGAUCUUCCCGAAGCUAUUGGUACUAUUCGCUACUACAGCGGCUGGGCCGACAAGAUCGGCGGGCAGACAAUCAGUACCACACAUCAAAAGCUCGCAUAUACGAUUCGUCAGCCCAUCGGUGUAGUCGGUCAGAUCAUCCCAUGGAAUUACCCUCUGUCCAUGGCAACCUGGAAACUGGGACCUGCAUUAGCCUGUGGAAAUACGGUUGUUCUUAAGCCAGCCGAGCAAACCCCAUUGAGUGCCCUAGUCCUUGGUAAGCUGAUCGUUGAGGCCGGAUUCCCUUCCGGUGUUAUCAAUAUCGUUAAUGGAUAUGGUCGGGACGCCGGCGCCGCACUAGCUGCGCACCCCUUUAUUGAUAAAGUUGCCUUCACUGGAUCCACUAGCACAGCACGGGAGAUCAUGAAAGUGGCAGCAGAAACUUUGAAAAAUAUCACGCUAGAGACCGGCGGCAAAUCCCCACUACUCGUGUUCCCCGACGCGGAUAUGGAUCAGGCGAUCAAGUGGUCGCAUGGUGGAAUUAUGUCUAACCAGGGCCAGAUUUGCACUGCUACCUCGCGGAUAUUGGUCCACAGAGAAGUCUAUGAUAUAUUCUUGACUCAAUUCAAGGCCACGACGGAGGCUGCGAAGAUUGGCGACCAGUGGGAUGAUGAAGUGUUCCAGGGCCCGCAAGUUACCCGCGCACAGCAAGAACGCAUCCUCGCAUAUGUCGAGAUGGCCAAGAGCGAGGGUGCCACUAUUCUGACUGGCGGCGCUGCACACAUCUCCAGUAACCCCAAGAACAAGGAUGGAUACUUUGUCCAGCCCACGGUGAUAGUUGAUGUGACAGAUAACAUGCGGAUUGUGCGCGAGGAAGUUUUUGGUCCGCUGGUUGUUAUUAUGCCUUUUGACACAGAGGAAGAGGCGAUCCGUCGCGCCAAUGAUUCUGAAUAUGGUCUCGGCGCGGCUGUGUUCACCAGAGAUAUUGAGCGGGGCCAUCGUGUUGCGUCUGAGAUUGAAACUGGUAUGGUAUGGAUCAACAGUAGCCAGGACUGUGAUUUCCGGGUGCCAUUCGGUGGUGUUAAGCAGAGUGGUAUUGGGCGUGAACUCGGUGAAGCUGGUCUGGAAGCUUAUUCACAGACCAAGGCGGUUCAUGUUAAUUUAGGUCUUAGGCUAUGA